AUUAUUAUGAUCCAACUCUGCUUCUCUUACUCACUUUCUAACACUCUGUUUUUGUUUCCUUUUUAUCCUGCAGCUCCAAAAAAGGAUACUGCUAAAGCUAAGGGAAAGGAGGGUGGGGGGUAAAAACAGAGGAGAGAAACCAGAAGAGGAAACCCCCUUGUAAGACUCCAUCAGUUCAUGUGCAUGAGUGUGUAUACUGAAUUUGCAGUGUUUGCCCAUCAGAGCCAGAGGGACUUCUUUCCAUUGUCAUGGGGGCUGGUGGGAGACUUGUGGGGGUUGGGAUGCUGCCUGUAGGUUCCCCCUGGGACGACCAGCCACCAUCUGCUGGGAGAUGGUGAAUGCCUGGUUCGCUGAGCGUGUCCACUCCAUCCAGCCAUCUGCUUCCAAAGAAAGUUCUCCACAGCAGCGGGUCCACCAGUCGUCCACAGACCCCGCUCCCCCUUCUGUCUCCGCCAUCCUCCCACCCGCCGUCAGCCUCCUGGACAGCCGCUGCGCCUCCCCGGCCACGGUCUCCAGCCCAGCCCCGAGCACCCCGACUCGCAAAAUCUCAGCAUCAGAGUUUGACCGCCCGCUCAGACCCAUUGUAGUUAAAGACUCUGAGGGCUCUUUGACAUUUCUGAGCGACGCUGACCGUGAGACUGUCUCUCUCCGGGGCUCAGUGAUGGGUGAGGGCGGGGGAGGUAACGGAGGUGGAUGCAGUGGGGCAGGUAGCGGCGGUGGGGGUGACCGCUGCGCCAGGCUGCUGGAGCUGGUGAAGGAGGUGUCGAGUCAUCUGGAUGUGACAGCACUCUGCCACAAGAUCUUCCUCCAUAUCAACGAACUGAUCGCUGCAGACCGCUACUCACUAUUCCUGGUGGGCGAGGACAGCUCCAACAGGAAGUUCCUGGUCAGUCGCCUGUUCGAUGUAGCAGAGGGAACCACACUGGAAGAGUCCUCCAGUAGCUGCAUACGUCUGGAGUGGAACAAAGGCAUUGUGGGACAUGUAGCUGCCACUGGGCAGCCGCUCAAUAUCAAGAACGCCUACGAGGACCCCAGGUUCAAUGCCGAGGUGGACUUGAUCACAGGUUACAAAACCCAGAGUAUCCUUUGCCUUCCAAUCAAGAACCACAGAGAUGAGGUAGUCGGAGUGGCUCAGGCUAUCAAUAAAAAAUGUGGGGAGGAUGGUGCCUUCACUGACCAGGAUGAAAAGGACUUCUCAGCCUAUCUGGCCUUUUCGGGCAUCGUCCUGCACAAUGCUCAGCUCUACGAGACAUCACAGCUGGAAAACAGACGCAAUCAGGUGCUGUUGGACCUAGCCAGUCUCAUUUUUGAGGAGCAGCAGUGUUUGGAGGUUUUACUAAGGAAGAUCGCAGGAACCAUCCUGUCCUUUAUGCAGGCCCAGGCUUGUACUGUCUUCAUCGCUGAUGAGGACUCCAUGAACUCCUUCUCAAGUGUCUUUCACAUGGAAUACGAGGAGCUGGGUGAAGUCCUAGAUGCCCCCAAAAGAGAAUGUGAUGUCAGUCAGAUCAACUACAUGUACGCUCAGUAUGUUAAAAACACCAUGCAGCCGCUUAACAUCGCAGAUGUCACCAAGGACCAACGCUUCCCCUGGACAAGUGAAAAUCCAGAUCACACCAGCAACCAGAUUAAGAGUUUGCUCUGCACUCCUAUUAGGAAUGGCAAGAAGGACAAAGUCAUAGGUGUAUGUCAGUUGGUGAAUAAGAUGGAUGAAGCAUCAGGCAGUGUGAAGGCCUUCAACAGGAAUGAUGAGCAGUUUCUGGAGGCAUUUGCCAUCUUCUGUGGUCUUGGCAUUCAGAAUACGCAGAUGUAUGAAACAGUGGAGAGAGCCAUGGCCAAGCAAGAGGUUACUCUGGAGGUCUUAUCAUAUCAUGCCUCUGCUGCUGAGGAAGAAACACGGGAACUCCAGGUAACCGCGGUAGCCACGGUGCCAUCAGCCCAGUCACUAUGUCUUCUGGACUUCAGCUUCAGUGACUUUGAUCUCUCAGACACUGAAACCACGCUGGCUACUAUCCGCAUGUUUGUUGACCUCAACCUGGUCCAGAACUUCCAGAUGAAGUACAUGAGUUUAUGCCAGUGGAUUCUGAGUGUGAAGAAGAACUACAGGAAGAAUGUGGCUUAUCACAACUGGAGACAUGCCUUCAACACAGCUCAGAGCAUGUUCGCUCUCCUCAAGUCAGGACGCUUACAGAAUAAGCUCAGCGAUCUGGAGGUCUUGGCUCUGAUGAUCGCAACUCUCAGCCAUGACCUGGACCACAGAGGAGUCAACAACUCCUACAUACAGAGGAGCGACCACCCACUGGCCCAGCUCUACUGCCACUCCACCAUGGAGCAUCACCACUUCGACCACUGCCUCAUGAUUCUCAACAGCCCCGGAAACCAAAUCCUUAGUGGUCUCUCCCUGGAUGAGUACAAAGCCACUCUGAAGAUGAUCGAGAGGGCUAUUCUGGCCACUGACCUAGCCCUGUACAUGAAGAGGCGUGGUGAGUUCUUUGAGCUCACGAAGAACAAUCAGUUUGUUUGGGAGGACGAACAUCACAGAGACUUACUGAGAUCAAUGCUGAUGACUGCAUGUGACAUCUCAGCCAUCACCAAGCCCUGGCCUGUGCAAAAAAGGAUUGCAGAGCUGGUAGCAACUGAGUUCUUCGAACAGGGGGACAAAGAAAGACGCGAGCUGAACAUUGAACCCAGCGACUUGAUGAAUCGCGAGAAAAGGGAUAAGAUUCCCAGCAUGCAGGUGUCCUUUAUUGACGCCAUCUGCACCCAGUUAUACGAGACCUUGGCUGGCAUGUCAGAGUACUGCUCCCCAUUGCUAGAAGGAUGUCAGAAAAACCGGCAGCAUUGGAAACAUUUGGCUGAGGAGUGUGAGAAAGGACUGGUCAACGGCUUGGUGUGAUCCCAAUACCAGUUUAGUUUCAACCAACACAAAUUUCCAGGGGUUGCCCUGUGCAAACUGGUCUCACAAAAUUUGAUGAAAUUUGCAUGUUACUUUAAAGGACAACUAGCAUGCUUUAUGCAUGGAAAGUGCCCCAAAAAUUAAUUUCCCUUGUAAGAAAAGAUUACGUAGUGAAAAACAAAACAAUGUUUUUUGCAUCUUUUUUCUCUGUAAUAAUAAGGUUGUACUCACCAAGUUAAUUGAUUGGGGAAAGCAGCACCAUCACUGAGUAAGAUUUUGCUUAUGCUGUUAUAGACCAAAGACCAUUAGAAUCCAUCAGAAUUUUAAAUUUUCUACAAGGCACAAAAGUAGUCUAAAAAGUCUAAAAGAAAUACCCCACAAUCUAUUUCUGAAGAUAUAAAACAGAAAAUAAAAAGAAAUAAAACAUGAAAUAAAUAAAAAGAGUAGUGAGGAAUUAUUAUCUUUGAGGUACAUGGUCAUUGUUAAUUUAACCCUAAAUAAAGUACUUUGGAUAAUCUGGUUCUCCCUUGCAAGCUGGGUCCUGCUCAAAAUUUCUUCCUGUUAAAAGGGAGUUUUUCCUUGCCACUGUCUGCUUGCUCGGGGGUUCAGGCUCUGGGUUUCUGUAAAGCACCUAGUGACAAUUUUGAUUGUCUAAGGUGCUAUAUAAAUAAAUAAAUUGAAUUGAAAUUAAUCUGAACAUCUAACAGCUCAUUGCUUACUCAGCUGGACUUUGUUGUAGGCGGCUGCAAUACCACCACGUUCCCAGAUUUCCGCAGUAACUUAAGUGAGUACAAAACAAGACCCAGAACAAAACAUCCCCUAAAGUAAAACCUUAAACAAUUUUGUAUUAUUGUAAUUUAACUGUUAGCUAAUUGCCAUGAUAAACAAGUGAGAAUGAUGAGCAAUUUUAUGUUCACAUGUGACCCAUGCUUCAGGGACUGUGCUCAUUUCGUCAAGCUUCGUGAGACUAAUUUUUCUGUAGUCACCAUUCUUUCAUGGCUUUCACUCACCAGAGAAAAUAACAGACUCAGUACUAAGCUAUAUUUAUUACCAUAGCCAUUUUUAUUUUUUUUUUUGCACAGAGUGGCUUUCAUCUUGAUGUCUCACUUCCAUUAUCUCUCACAGGUAGUGAAAUUUAGGACACUGAAUGGUAAGACAUACAUCCCUGGGGAUCAGCACCAUUACAGCGUGAUGCAGAUAUUGUAUUUAUUAUAUCCUUACAGUGUCACAAUAAUCUGAUAAGCUUGUUAAAUGUGUCUUUGUUCACAGCACACACACUAAAAGGGUUUGUCUUUUGUAACAAUUUUUCACUCACUGUCUUAACUAUUGCAUAUUUAUUUUGUUUUAUAUAUUUAUUAGAGUUUAUAUAUUGUAAGGUCAUCCCUUUAUCAAGAGCACACGAUUCUUUCUAAAGAAAAUGUAGUUUUCAUAUUUUUUAAAAAAAAAAAAUCCCACCUUUGCUUGUUUGAAGGACCUUUCUUAGAAUGAACUUUUUCAGAUGACAUUUGGAAAUGGACUGUAUUGUGUUUUCUUUUCUUUUCUUUUCUUUUCCAAAAUGUAAGAGCCAAAGACUAGGCCUGCAAUCUCAAAGGGAAAUGAGCCUAGAUUUUUCACUGCCUCGUUGUGGAAAAAAAAAAAAACGUUUUAAUUGUCCACAUUCCAUUUUUAUAACUGAACCGACCAAAGUUUGCAUUAAUUGUGGACAACCUGACCAAACUCUGUUUUGAUUUACUAUUCUCACGUCACUUACAAUAGAAUAUAACCAAACUUUGCUAGAAACCAAUCGAUAUGAUGGCAUUGGGGUUCAUCUUGCUCUGGUACACUCUGUUCUGCCACAUAAAUUAAAAUGUGACUUGGCUGAUGUCAUUGAUCUGA